CAUGAUUUUAAACACUUCCCAUUGCUUGUCUGCUUCCGAGAAGUCCCUAUUCAUUCAGGACUCUUUAUCACCAGAAAAAAAAUCAAUUAUAUCAUUCAAGUGGAUGUGAUUUUUAACACUCCAUUCCUUUUUGUAGUUUUCUUCCAGUGGUGAAAAAUAGGUUGGAAAGUUGUCACAAACUGAAGCACUCUAUCUCUGUCUCUUAUUCCACAGUAGUCAGCUGAGAACAACUCCUAUGCCGUUAUAUAAGAACACUCCUACACUAUGCUUCUUUCCUCUACUCCAAAACAUCUCUCCUUGCUGCUAGUAGAAAAAUGGAAUAUGUUGGAAGAAUAGAGUUGGCUACCCCAAGGCUGUAUCACAACGACGAUCUUACCCCUCUCCAUCAAAAUCUUGUAGCUUACUUGGAUCACAAGCCUUCUCUCGAGUUCAUGAACUUGAGAACUGACCUCAAGAUCAUAACCAAGAGAAAAGCAGCAGUUGUUUACCACAUCUCACGUAACGGCCAUUUCGAGCAUCCUCAUUUCCUGGAGGUCCCCCUGUCUUCUAGCAAAGGGCUCUACCUCAAAGAUGUGAUCAAUGCUCUUAACGCGAUCAGAGGUCCAGGGAUGGCUAACAUGUACUCAUGGUCAUCAAAGAGGAGCCAUGGGAAAGGAUAUGUAUGGAAAGACCUGACAGACGACGACUUGAUACAACCCUGCAAUGAUGAUGGUGACAAUGAUCAGUACAUUCUGCAAGGGUCACCAGUCCCUGAGCUCUUCUCCACAUGGAACUUAACAUCCCCUGCUGACACUCUAACAUCUUCAGCAACAUCCAAAGCAUCCUCCGACGCCUCCAGCUUGAGCGAGGACUUCGAUUCGCCUGUGAUCAGAGGGAAGAGCUUUGGCCGGGGCACCACCACAUAUGUCGAUGCUGAUGUUGAUGCGGAUGUCGAUACUGAUUAUGAUGAUCACCAUCGUCGAGGGGAUAAGCUGCCACCACCUCGCACGAUGACCAUCUUGACCAAUGAGAUUGAUGAACUGUUAUACUCCGAAUUUCCAUCGCCAAUGGAUGGUGGUGUAGCCAAGAAAGUUGGUGCAAAAGAAGCUUACAACCACCACAAUGAAACUCUCCGAUCUGCUAUGAUGAGAACUACUAGUGACAGUGUUUCUGCAUCUACGCCUCCUGAGCCAAUAGCCAGAAAGGCUGCUGCAGGGAGAGUUGGAAGGCCGAGGACAGCUGAGCUUCUGUGGACUCUGGUGAGGUGUGGAUCACGAUCCAUGAGGUGAAAAGAGAGAUGGAGAGUGGAGAAGUGGACGAGAUGAACCAGUUAAUGUGUAACUUGAUGAUCACGAUGACCGUUGAGGGUUUUUUUUUUUUUAAUAAGAGAUUGUGAUCAUUGUUCGAAUAAUUACAUGUCAUUCUAAUCUUUGUGAAAGGAGAGCUAUUUGCAAGUAAAACAUGUUGUAAAAUAUAAAGCGUUAAUUAUGAUUACUAAUGUAUAUAGAGUUAUAGACCAACACAAAUUUGGAAUACUUAGAAUUGUGUGGAAAUGAAAUAAAUAAAAUGAUACCUACUACAAGCUUUAAGAGUUUCAUUGAAGAGAAAUGGUUCAAAUUGGAAAGGUAGAAUAGAAGAAGUUAAAGUCAAGUGAGUCAAGAUCAAUUUAUAAAGGUAAGGGUAUUUCUAGUCCCCCAUGUUUUGUUGUUAUUGUUAGGAAAUUCUAUUUCCAAUUAUGAUAUUGGCCACAUAUUUUACAAUUAUAUGGGCUAUUUGGUUAUGUGGGCUAAUUGAAAGUGAUCCAAUUAGGAGCCCAAAGACAUCUUGCAUUGAUAUGGGCAUAAAUGGGUGGAAACCCAAUACUUGUUCACCUUGGGUCUUAUGGGAGCCCAUGGUGACUAGUAUAUAAAGGAGCUUGAGGUUGUGGUCCCCAAGACACCAAGACGAAACACUCUCUUCUUCUCCCCAUCAGGAAGAUCAGAGGAUUCCCGUUAGUGGUCUAAGGAGGCUUGGUUGAGGAAGAUCAUGCUACCUCCCGGAUCGUGCUCCCAGAAGUAUCGUCCGGUUGCAUAUCGUCUUAUGUUUUCCGCAUCAAGAUCCAGAGGAUCAACCGACCCGAAUCCAGGUAUUCCUACUAAUCUUUGAUAAUCUGAUAGGAUGAAGUUCCGGGGAUUACAUAUGUUAAAAGUAAUUCUAACAAGUGGUAUCAGAGCCCUUCAUCUUUGUUUGGUUAUUGGGAUUUUGGAAUCCAUUUUGGAACACUUUGAUUCUGUGUUUUCCUCCUUGUGGUUCCUUUGGAACACUUUGGCAUGUUUAUCUUUGAUAAUCUCAUGAAAUUAUGUAUUCAUAUUAAGUUUUAUAUGCUUUUUGUGUUGAUGGGAAAAUUGUGGUUUCAUUUUUUGUUGAAUCCAGAACUGCAUAAUACUUGCAUGCUACUAUUCGAAACUCAUGCAAGUGAUUAAUUUUUUCACCCAUACUGCGUUGGGGAAAGUUUUCUGGGUUUCUUUAGGCAAUUGUUGCUUUAUCCCAUCUAGUUUGGUUUUCCCCUCUAAUUAGCCGUUUCAGUAAUUAAAGACAAGAAACUAAUCACAGAAUGCAUGAAUGCGGUUUUGAUAAUUAGAGGGAACCGGUAAGUCAUAAGUUUUUUUUAUUUAUGCUACUAUUCAUGGUUUUAUUUUUUGUUUGCCCCUGUGGAAUGGAGAAUGCUCUCCAGAAAUAUGAACUAAAAUGAAUGCAUCAACGUUCAUGGUCAUUUUCAGUUGUGCUAUUUCUUACCCGUUGGAAUUCUAUUUGGGAUAUAAUUCAUUAAAGUUUCGGUAAUAAGGAUGGGGUAUUAAGUGAAAUUGUAAUUAUUUAUUUUUGCCCCUUACCGUAAGCUUAAUUUAAGGUUUUGGUGCAGGUUAACAACUAUUAUGCAAAAAAAAAAAAAAAAAAAAAAUCGGUUAGUUGUAUUGCUCCAUUAUGAAAGGUUUCAGUAUAAUAAUAGUUAUAAUUGUUCUGUUGCGGAAGGUUACAGAAUUAACUAUUAUUAUCUUCCGUUUAAGGGUAACGGAAGUGAAAAGAUUAAUAAUUCAGACUUUCGGUUACGGGAACUUAUUUCCGUGUUUAUGAUUUCCAUAAUAAUUAUUAUGUUCUCAUUCGGUUACGGAGAGUUUUUUUUCCGACUUUGGUUGAGGUUAUAAUAAUAAUUAUUAUCAAACCAGAUAAUUAAUUAAGUUUGUUGUC